UCAAACACUGAGAUUUAAAUCCGGACAUCUUGAAGGAGUUUUGCAAGCCUAGAUCUGUCCAUAAAAUCUAAUGUAAUAACCAAAGCGAAGUUCACAUUUACUUCCUUUCAUUAGCUUACUGGUACUGGAGUUAAGUGAGGAAGUUGUUUUCCUACCCCACAGCACACCUUCAACACAAUCAGCAUUAACACAGACAACAGUAAGAAGAGGGAUUGGCGAAGAUACGCUAAACCAUCAUGUCGGAAUUGAGAAAGAAGAUGUUCAUUGUGGUUGACGUUCUGUGUGUACUCGUCGCCGCGCUGCCCUUCCUGAUCAUGACCAUUGUCUUCCGGCCAUACCAGCGUGGCAUCUACUGUGAUGACGAGAGCAUCCGUUACCCCUACAAACCAGACACCAUCUCCCAUGGCAUGAUGGCUGCCGUCACCAUCACCUGCUCCAUCGUUAUUAUCACGUCUGGAGAGGCCUACCUAGUGUACACAAAGAGACUGUACUCCAAUUCAAACUUCAACCGGUAUGUGUCUGCCCUGUAUAAAGUGGUAGGCACUUUCUUGUUUGGAGCCUGCGUCAGCCAGUCUCUAACUGAGAUGGCCAAGUUCACCAUUGGACGCCCACGACCUAACUUCAUGGAUGUUUGUAAGCCCAUCGUGUGUAAAGGUUACAUGACUGAGCUGAACUGCACAGGAAACAUACGCAAUGUGACUGAGUCCAGGUUAUCCUUCUACUCUGGCCACUCUUCUUUUGGGAUGUACUCCAUGUUGUUUCUAGCGUUAUAUGUCCAGGCACGUAUGGUGUCAAAGUGGGCACGCCUCCUGAGACCCACGAUCCAGUUCUUCCUGGUGGCGUUUGCUAUUUAUGUGGGUUACACACGAGUGUCUGACUACAAACACCACUGGAGUGAUGUGUUAGUGGGCCUCCUACAGGGGGCGCUCAUUGCAAUUCUUAAUGUGCGUUACGUAUCAGACUUCUUUAAAGACCGCCCCCCUCUGUGCCAGCACGCUGAGACUGGAGAGAAUGAGGAGAUGGAGCGGAAACCCAGUCUGCAGAUCGCUGACACGGAGAGAAACAACCAUUACAACUACCAAAGGCCUGUAUGAGUGACUUUAUACUUUUGGCCCACUGUGCUGUGUAAAGUUCUCUCAAAGCCCCAAAACAUGACCACUGGACACGUUACAGAACUACUCCAUACCCACCCCACACCUCCCUGACCCUCCUAAACCCACUCCCAAAGACGCAGCUACGCGGUGUUCCCGCUCCUGAUGACUGCUCCUCUCUCCGAGGAUACACUCCCUCUACGCAUUUGUUUGUCUCUGUGUGUGUGUUCGUGUGUGUGUGUGUGUGUGUGUGUGUGUAUGUCUGUCUGUUUCUCUGCUUGUGUAUGUUUGUUUUAUACUCAUCUACUGAUCUCAGACUAUGUUUAUUCUGGAUAUUUGAAUUUUUAGAUUUUGCCCUUAAAACUCAAAUGUUUUCAUAACUGAUUAAGUGUUUAGACUUUACGUUGAUGCGCACCUUUCUUUUCUUUUUACAUUCAUGAAAAUCUUUUUUUUUAAAGACAUUGCUGAUUAGUGUACUGCAUCUUCACAAUCAGAAGCCAAAUAUGGUCUUGCGAAUGUUGAGAAUUUUCUCCUUUGAAGCAAUUAGGUUUAAAAAAACGAAAUAGUCAAAUACCCUGGCUGUUCUGAAUGGAAGCAUGGGUCCCUGAGUGCUUUUGGCCGUAAAGAGAACGCACUGAAAUUUUCUCAUAGCUGGAAGCGGACAGGAGAUUGUAGGUUCCUUCAAUUUACAGAAAGCCAGGAAGAGAGGCUCAAACACUGAAAAACGUUUGUAGCAAGUUUCUGCCAAAAAAGUCCCCCAGGCCAUCCGUCACAUUGGAAAUCUGGACAUGUUUAUCAGCAUUUCUAUUGUUCUGUCCUCUAUUUUAACAUUUUUUUUCCCUGGUCUGACGUUUAAGACACCAUUUUUUUUUUUACUUCCUGCGUUGUUGACACAAAUAUUAUCCCUUAAGAUGGCCGUAGACAGACUUCGUAGAUGGACUGCAUAGCAUGGCUUUUUGUGUGUGUGUGUGUGUCUGUCUCAUGAAAUU